GACAGCUCUGACUGGCUAAUUUGGAUUUUGGAUACGCUGUGUGAAAUUAUUAUUUCUUGUGAUUCCUAUUUGUUUAGUUAUUAUAUUGUAAAUCGAAAAAAUGGAGCUAUCAGCUGAGGGUAAAACUCCAGAGUACAUGGCUCUAGCUGGCAUUAAAUUCAAGCUGACUUUGCCCGAUUUAAAAAAUGAUGCACAGCUUCGGGAGCAACUAUUUCAAGGGAUAAAGGCUGGAAAUAUGGCCCCCUAUUACAAGGAGGUUUGUGCUGAGUUAGGCUGGCCAUUUGAUCAGAAGUUAUAUGAUGCCAUGGCUAAAGAGAAUCAAGAACGAUUAUCUAAAUUCGAGGAGGAUGAUUCCGAGACGCCAGUUUGGCAAGACAGAUUAGACUACAUGUGCUCUGUCGGCGACAAAGAGGGAGCCACAGCUUUGGCUACUUCUAAAUAUGAAGACUCCACCUUAACUACUAACAGAAGACUUGACGCUAUAUUUGCGUUAUUCAGAAUUGCCUACUUCCACGGCUGCAAUGUGAAGGAUAUGGGAAAGUCUAUUAAUAAGGCCCAUGAGCUGGUAGACAAAGGCGGAGACUGGCGUUCAAGGAAUAAGCUGAAGGCCUAUGAAGCUAUCUACUGCCUGGCUGUCAGAGACUACAGCAAAGCUGCAGACCUCUUCAUUGAUUGCGUCUCUACUUUUGAGUCUUAUGAAUUGGUUGAUUUUGGCACAAUAAUCCAAUACUGCGUGCUAGCCUGUGCUUUGGCGCUGGAGCGGCACGCGCUGCAAGCGGCGCUGCGGCGGCAGGGCGCCGCCGUGCAGGCGCUGCGCUCGCGCUUCCCCGAGCUGAGGGAGCUGGUUGAGUCGCUGCACGAGUGCCGGUACGCGGACUUCAUGAAGAGCUUAGCCUGGGUGGAGACCCAGAUCUGCGUGGACCCCGUGUUCCGCCCCCACUACCAGCACUACGUGCGCGAGGCGCGCAUCAAGGCCUACGUGCAGCUGCUGCGCGCGUACCGCUCGCUGAGUCUCGACAACAUCGCGGCCACCUUCGGCGUCACCCGCGAGUUCGUUGAGGAGGAAAUAUCCAAUUUCACGGCGGCGGGGCGGCUGGUGUGCCGCAUCGACGCGGUGGCGGGCUGCGUGGUGACGGGCGCGGGCCGCGGCGCCGACGCCGACCGCUCGCAGCUGUACCAGGCCACCAUCCGCGAGGGCGACCUGCUGCUCAACCGCGUCAAGAAGCUCGCCAGCGUCAUCAACUUCUAGGUGUAUUAUAUACCCGU